AGAGAUCUCUUAAUAACAAAAUAUAUUCAGUGUUAAUAUCGAAGUCAUUCUAAGGGGUAGGUUUGACAAAGCAAAUGAGUGAGUCUUUGACAUGAAGACAGUGGUUAGAUUCUGCCAUUGGGACUGCUCUGAUGUUUCCAUUCUCUCCUGGUUAUGACCAUAGAGCCUUGUCCCAGUCUCUAGACCUGCCUGUCUGUGUGGUGGAUGACCACCUGACCUCUGAAGCUGUCAAUGAGAUGGAGCAGAGCAAUUCUACCAGGAGCAGAGCAACCUCAGUGAUGGAAACCACAGAAGAGGGGAAGCUCAACAAUGUAGAACAUCUGACACUUAUGGACUUCCUUCAAAACCUAACUGAGAAGCAAUGGAGGGGGAUUCGUGAGGGCAUGUUUGACCCGCUGACAAAACAACAGCUUGCCGGCUUGUGUCUGAGGAUUGUCCAGUUUUUAUCGGACAAGCUGAUGCAGAUCAUCAUCCCAGGUCUUUACGAACUACUGGGCAUCCAAGAUGCUGCCUCCUCUCCAUUGUCACAGAGAUCUCUCUCAGCGUCACUCACCAGUCUGUUAGACGAUAAGACUAACACCAAGUCCCGCGUGAGAUUUACUGAGGCUGGUGUACCUAAGAGGCCAGGCAGUCGAAAGUCUUACAAUAGCUUUCGCAUCCCGACUCCCUACCCUUCCUCCAACUGUGUGGAGCAGGAAGAGGAAGAAGAGCAGGAAUCACAACUUAAGUUCAAGGAGAUUUACCUGACUAAGGGCUGUCUGGGCAGUGGAAGCUACCUGCCCAAUGGGGCCAUGAGGACUCUAACCUCUCUGUCUGAUGUGCAGAAGAAAACAACCAACUCUGAGACACUACAAGUCCUCUUAGGUGUCUCAGAGGACACCCUUUAA